CUUGUCUAUUAACUGUCACCAUUUAUCAAAAUCAAAGUUCAAAAAGCAAAACAUUUUCGGUAGGUGUAACGAGAUAGUGUUUUUAUUACAAAUAUUUAUUUUAAUUUUGUUAAAUCAUUUCGAUACGAAUUUAAAUUCAAUCAUGUCGGAUGAAAAUAUUACUGUGAGUGACAAUUCAGAUUUAGAAGACAUAGCUCCUCCGGAGUUGCGCGGAUACUUGAGUAAAUGGACGAAUUAUAUACAUGGGUGGCAAGAUAGAUUCAUCGUGUUAAAAGAUUCAACAUUGUCCUAUUACAAGAGUGAGCUGGAGAGUAAUUUAGGAUGUCGCGGUGCACUUUGUUUAAAAAAAGCUAAAGUCAAGCCACAUGAAUUUGAUGACCGUAGAUUUGAUGUGUCUGUAAAUGAUUGUGUAUGGUACUUAAGGGCAUCCAAUCCUGAAGAGAAGCAACAAUGGAUUGAUGUUUUAGAGUCAUUUAAGGUGGAAUCAGGGUAUGGGACAAAUUCAGACAGCAGCUCUAAUGGAGGUGGUCUCAGAAGACAUGGAUCUAUUACCUCUUUACAGUCAACUGGAUCUCAUGGCCGCACAUCCCGCCGUCUGGCUGAAAAAAUCGCAGAGCUCGAGACAUACAACGAUCUAUUGUCAAAGCAAGCAAUUCAACUGCAACACUAUUUUGACGUUUGUAUCGCGGGUUACCCACAGAUAAACGAUGACAUUGCUGAAGCAAUUGACGCUGUCAAAUUGGCGGACAGUAUAGACCAAAAGAAAAACCUGAAUCAGGUGAGAGCGACAAGUACAUCAUUCCGGGCGACUUGUAGCGCGACUAUCGCCACGGUGCAACAUUGUGUCGACUUGUUGAAGCGACGUGAGAAACAGGCGCGAUCCGCUGAAGAGUUAUACAUGGCUUUGAAGAAUCAGUUGAAUGAAGCUCGCUUGGCGUCAAAACCCGGUCCCGAUCACGAGGAGGGACCCCACUCUACCCUACCAGACGACGAGUUCUAUGAUGCGGUUGAGACAGGCUUCGACAAAAUGGAGGAAGAGAGGUGUGCCCGCGUGUCCUCACCCACGGAGGUCACAAGGGACGAGGUGGAACUGCCACCGCCGGCCAUUGAUAACAGACUAACAGUGCAUCCAUUGUGGGCAGAGAUCGACAGGAUAUCCACGGAACAGAUUCAGGCUGCAUUUGAAGGUGUAGGAGGAGAGAUUGGUUGGCAGCUCUUCGCUGAGGAGGGGGAUAUGAGAAUGUAUAGGAGAGAAAUGGAAGUAGAUGGAAUGGUGAUGGAUCCGCUGAAGGCGAUACACAAAGUUCGGGGCGUGUCUGCGAGGGAGAUGUGCCAUUACUUCUUCAACCCGAGAUACCGAUAUGAGUGGGAGACGACCCUAGAGACGAUGAACAUCGUGGAGGCCGUGUCGUCGGACACGCUGGUCUUCCAUCAGACCUUCAAGCGCAUCUGGCCUGCCUCGCAGAGGGACGCGCUCUUCUGGUCGCACGUGAGGGCCGCGCCCCACAACACCUACGCCGUCACCAACCACUCCACUGCGCAUCCGGAUUACCCGUCCAACACGGGGGCCUGCAUCCGUCUGCUGGUGACGGUGUGCCUCGCGUGUCGCUCCACGUUCCCGCCCAACGAGACCCCCGGACGGGAUAACAUCACCACCAGUAUCGCUUACUGCAGUACCGUAAACCCCGGCGGUUGGGCGCCGGCUGGGGCCUUGCGAGCGAUCUACAAACGUGAAUAUCCGAAAUUCCUUAAACGAUUCACGAACUACGUGGUCGAGCAAUGUCGGGAUAAACCCUUAGCUAUCUAAAAAUAUAUAAAGAAGUCUGUUGGGAUAUCGUUUGUACCGUAUUGGUUAAAAUCAAUAUAUUUAUUGUUUUUGUGUCUGGACACACUGAAGCCAGGGUCAAAACUAUUAACUACUAAAAAUACUCUAACUGAAAUAGUCCACAUAAAAUAUUUUAAAUUUACGCAUUACCUAUUCCAGCACUAGAAGAUUAUGACGCGGUUAGGCGAACGAGGCCUUAUUUUGAUUGUUAGAUCUCAUAACUUCCUAAUUUAAUUGUUUGUCAAAGUCAAAGAUAUCUAUGUAUGUAUGUCAAAUUUCGUAAACACAGUGGGAGCAAAUACACGAUUAUGUCGAAAUUAUUUACUAUUGUAAGUUGUCAAAGUGAUUGAGAUGUUACUCUCUUCAGUCUUUCGACCGUAAUAAUAUUUUUAUUUGUUUUUGUUUAGUGCCUUUAUAAACGCGUACGCGUACACGCGCUCUUAGAGCCGAGAAACGUGUACGCACAACUGCUUUAUAAUUUGCACUCAUCGCCUAGAAGUCAUCAGUAUGAUCCGACCGUCUCUGCUAGUUUAUAAUUUUGGAUAUAAUUAUAUCAGGUCACGGCGCAGUAUCUAAAUCUCUUUGAUGAAUAAUAAUUUUUCAGUAUUUUUGAAAGUUAAGUAUGCUAUACUUGAAAAUACUGUAUAUAGUGAAAAGCAAUAGAUCUGUAAUCUAUGUAAAGUAAACUGUAUAAUGUAAUAUAUGUCUGAUAUGUAUAAAUCCAAACAAAUAUCCUAGGACAUAUUUACGUUUUAAAUGAUUAUUAUACGUUAGGACUAAAAUAUAAUAUAAAUGUAUUUAUAAGAUGUAUGGGGGUUGUCCUGUUGUCGUUUGAGAUAUGUUUAUUGCGGCCCUUUGCCCAUUUGCCCAUUUGCCCAUUUGCCUCGAGGCUUAUUGGAGUUAGCUAACUGUCGAUUUCGAAUGUUAUCUUUUGCUGUUGGAACCUAAGUUGGAAAUUGUCAGGAUUUUUGUUAAAUUUGUCACGUGACACGAGAAUUGUCUAAGUCUGCUCAUUUAAUUGUCAAUGCACGAAAACCAAUGCCCGUCACUGGGUAUUGGAAUCGUCUGAGUUCCUGAUAUCACAAUAGUAGUUUAAAAUGGCGGAUUUUAGAUAAUUUACUUAAGCUUGAGAAAAAGUUCGACAAAACGCUAAGCAAAACUGUAUACGACUGAGAUUAGGUCACGCUUUGUCACGUGACGGUUUUCAUACAAAUUUGUCACGCCUCCUGAAAUGUGAUUUUGUCUCUGCCCCUGGGCUAGGUUCGGAAGUUUUUAUCUGUCGGUCGUAAAUUGUCAAAUGCCAAAAAUACAAACUGUCACCCAUGGUAACUUUGACUAAUUAAAAUAGACUCGGCCGUCACACAGGCGACAUAAUAGCCAAUAUAUUCGAUAGAUUUAAGGAAUUCAGGCACAGACUAUUUCCGCCAUGUGCAUUAACUGAAUUAAAAUAAUGAAAGAUUUAUUUUUUAUGCUCAAUUUUUCUGACGCGAAUUAAAUAUCGAUAAGUGUAAUUUGAUAAAGUCGAUGGAUCGUAUCGGAAUUUUAAGUAAACAUUUAAUCGUAACCGCGUUUCACUGGCGCUGUCUCGUUUUACUAACCGGUGAGUGUAAGGGUCAGCAAUAUAGUGAGUUAGGACUUGUUUUCCAGUUUGCUACUCUGACCAUCUAUAAGUUCACGUUUAUUGAGCAAAUAUUUAUUUAAAGCCAAAAGCUGGGCACAUAUUUUAAGCCUCAUUCAUUUUUAUUAUUGUAAAGCAGUGUUGGCUUGAAUGUGCGCAUUUAACAUUAGCUGGUACGUUGAAAAGGUCUAAAUAUAGAACUCUGAGGCCAAGACCUAAGCGCCACUUUUAUUAUCUUAUUUUAGUACGUUAAGGAAUUUCCAUUUAUAUUAUUAAAAAAAAAGAACAUUUUGCGACCCUUAGUAAAGUUAAGAUUUGAUUAGAUUUUUAUAUUUUACACGACUCGACUUCCUCAGACUACAUUUAUCGUUACGUGAAGUACUUAUUUUGUUUGGGCACAGACGAUAAAAAUCAUGUUAGACUAUUAUUUUUUAACUUGACGUUUAUUUUAUUAACAUUGAGCUUCCGCAAAUUUCAUUCCAAAUAUUUUAUGUACAGAUUUCCUUAACAGGUAUGCUAACUGUUUGCUAAAACGAGCCGUUUAAGUGUCCAGUAAAUUAAUUCUUUGGUUAGAUUUCUUUGACGGAUAGAUUAUAUAUGGAUCGAGCUUUGUCAACGUAUUUGUCAUAUUUGCAAAUGAAUGACUGUAUAGGAUUAGCAUAGCGGUUUUGGGAUUUGGUGAAACAGAUCGAAUUGAUGCCAUAACGGAAUUAUCGUGAGUACAAAGGGACCUAUUUGUUGUUACACUUUCCGUAUUCUGGAUUCACCGUUAUUUAGUUUAGAUAUUUUAAUAUUAUAUAUAAUUGAUUGUGUUAGAGUUGUGUGAAGAAUAACCCCCCUUUUUGAGAAAUAUAUCCUUAUUGCAGCCUUUCAACUAAAGCGUGUCUCUUUUAAUAAAUCGUGAACACAAUUUGACAGAAAGGGACUAGCACUUUAGUUAAAAGGGUGCUAUUGGGCGGUUUUUUGAUUUUUUUAAAUAAAGGUUCUUAUAUAUUUUCAAUAAAUGUAGUCGGAUUAUAAUAUUAUUUAAAAAAAAACACGGUUUUUAACUCGUUUUUCUGAAUUUGGUUAUGCGUCCUUAUGAAUUGUCAUUUUCAAGUUAUGUCCGUGUCGAUGUCUUUGUCAAUGUCAAGUUUUAUGACAAUUUGUUUUUAAAUUGUUUAAUAUUAUCUGUACGUUACUACGUUGGAAAAAUCCAUUUUUGUUUUUAUGUUUUUGAUUUUCAAUUAUAAAACCAAACAACAUACAUAGCCAUCUUCAGACAACUCUAACACAUUUUUCCAUGACGUGAUUGGAUGGAUAUUUUCAAUUAUGUCAAAGAAUAUGAAUUUUGUGUAUAUCGAAAUCGGGAUUAAAUUGCAUUUAAUCUGAUUACUGGAAUGUCUACUAUCACAAAAUACAUCCCCGUUUUUGUAUGGUGGUUAAGUUUGAUUACUUGUAAGGACAGACUCAGCGCGAAUUAAAAGAAUUUGAAAGACCAAAUAUGACUUCCAUGUGUCAAAAACACAUGGAAGUCAUAUUUGGUCUUGUCUCAAGUUUGAAUUUUUACAGUAGGGGCGGAUGCUUGGGUAAAGAUUAUUGUUAGGUAACCCGCCUUUGUAAAAUAGAGAUAUUACCAGAACGUUAAAAUAUUUAAAUGGCGGGAGGUCUAUUUUGUGAUAGGUUUUGAGAAUGUUUUUUUUAAUAAUUGUUUAUAUUAAAAUGUUUUAUCAUUUA